AUGUUGCAGAAUGUAAAACAUGGUGAUUUAAUGUCGGUGGACCUUCAUCUCACAGUGAUCAAAGGUGAUACUCUCAAGUGCCCAGUGGUUGAUCCCUUUCCUGUUCCUCAUGAGUGGUACCAACCAGGUGAUCUCCUCAUUGGAGGGAUGGCUUCACAGAACCUCUAUGCCUUCAGUGAACAUUCAUUUCAACAACAUCCAUCUUUGGAGCUAUAUGGACUUUCAGAUCUGAUUACAAAAUUCUACCAGCAUGUCCUUUCCUUGGCCUUUGCGGUCAAGGAGAUCAAUGAGAAUCCACUAAUCUUGCCCAAUGUCACCCUUGGAUUUCACAUCUAUGACAGCUACAACAAUCCAAAGAUGACCUAUCGGACUACCUUGGACCUGCUCUUCAAAUCUCAUAGAUUUCUCCCCGGCUACAAAUGUGGACUCCAGAAAAAUCUCAUGGCCAUCAUUGGAGGACUUGGGUCAGAUACUUCAUCCCAUAUGGCAGAAAUUAUAGACUUCUACAAAAUUCCACAGCUCACAUAUGGAUCAUUUCCCCUGGAAGAAAUGGAUUCCAGUAAAUUAUCUUCACUUUACUUCAUGGCCCCAAAUGAGGUUCCUCAGUAUGUCGGGAUUGUUCGAUUGCUUCAAUUUUUUGGAUGGAAAUGGAUUGGGCUCUUUGCUGCUGAUACUGAGAGUGGAGAACAUUUUUUGCAGAAAUUGCAGCCAUUGCUUUCCCAGCAGAGAAUCUGUUUAGCUUUCACACAAAGGUUUCCAAAACUAUUCCGUUUGGAUGAUUUGGACAAAUUUAGUGAUAUAAUGUUUAACUUUUAUACCCAUUUCACAGACAUUAAAACAAAUACUUAUAUCAUCUAUGGAGAAUCUUUGACACUUGCAUGGCUCACAGCUCUCAAAUUUCUAUGGGAUGCUGCAAAUAAGGGAAACACAUCUUUAAGCAAGGUGUGGAUCUCCACAAGCCAAAUUGAUUUCACACUAACAGGAACCCAAAGGCAUUGGAAUCUCCAGUUUUAUGAUGGGGCCAUUUCCUUUCAAAUCCAUUCCAGUGAAAAUCUGGAAUUUAAGGGAUUUCUUCAGUCCAUAAAACCACAUUCAAGGCACAGAGACGGGUUUCGAAACCGUUUUUGGGAGCAUGUAUUUGACUGUUUCUUUCCUAAUUCAGAAUUGUCUUCAAUAAGCAGUCAAAAAUGCAUGGGGGAAGAAGAGCUGGAGCAUCUUCCUGAACCUCUGUUUCAACUACAGAUGACAGGUCACAGCUAUAGUAUCUACAACGGAGUUUAUGCUGUGGCUCAUGCUUUGCAUACCAUGCUAUCAAGGGGAGACACCCGGAAUAACAUGUUGGCGGCUAAAAUGGCUGAAUCUCCAGAACUGCAGCCCUUUAAGCUCCACCCAUUUCUUCAAGGCAUUUCUUUCAACAACUCAGCAGGAGAGAGGGUGUUCUUUAAUGAGAAGAGGGAAGUCGCAGGAGGAUUUGACAUCAUGAACAUGAUUGCUUUUCCAAACAAGUCCAUCCGGAGUGUGAAAGUUGGAAGGCUAGAUACCAAUGCUUCUUACGGAAAUGAAUUGAUCAUUAAUGGAAAUAGGAUUGAAUGGCACAAAGGAUUUAAUCAGGUUCUUCCAGUUUCUCUGUGUAAUGAAUACUGUCACCCUGGAUAUUGGAAGAGAAAGUCUGAAGGGAAAGCCUUCUGCUGCUACGAUUGUGUUCCUUGUCCACAGGGGAAGAUUUCAAGCAAGAUAGACACAGAAGAUUGUUUCGAAUGUCCUGAAGAUCAGUAUCCAAGCAAGGAGCAAGAUCGAUGCCUUAACAAAACCAUGAGUUUCCUGUCUUUUGAAGAACCUUUAGUGAUCAGUCUGGCCUCAGCUGCUCUUUCCUUCUCCCUCAUGACAACCAGCAUGCUUGGAAUUUUCCUUAAGCAUAGAGAUACCCCCAUUGUCAAGGCCAACAACUGGGACCUCACUUACACUCUCCUCAUUGCCCUUCUGCUCUGCUUUCUCUCUUCCUUGUUAUUCCUUGGUCAACCAAGGAAAGUAACCUGCCUUCUCCGGCAACCAGCAUUUGGCAUCAUCUUCUCAGCUGCUGUUUCUUGUGUGUUAGCUAAAACUAUGACUGUGGUUGUAGCUUUCAUAGCUACUAAGCCAGGAUCUCGAAUGAGAAAAUGGGUAGGGAAAAGACUGGCCUUUUCCAUUGUCCUUUCUUGUUCUUUUCUUCAAACAGCUCUUUGCACGCUAUGGCUGGCAACCUCUCCUCCCUUCCCUGAGUUAGACAUGCAUUCCCUAAUGGAAACCAUGGUUUUGCAAUGCAAUGAAGGCUCCAUUCUCAUGUUCUAUUGUGUCCUGGGCUACCUGGGCUUCUUGGCUAUUGCCAGCUUUAUUGUGGCAUUCCUUGCCCGUAAAUUACCUGACAGCUUUAAUGAAGCCAAGUUCAUCACCUUCAGCAUGUUGGCCUUCUGCAGUGUGUGGGUCUCCUUUGUUCCAACCUAUCUGAGCACCAGAGGAAAAGCCAUGGUGGCUGUGGAGGUCUUUUGCAUCUUGUCCUCCAGUGCUGCUUUACUGGGAUGUAUCUUUUUCCCCAAAUGCUUCAUCAUUGUGCUGAGGCCAGAACUAAAUACCAGGCAUCGAUUAAUCAAAUGA